CACACUCAGUGGUUAACUUUAUAAAGCUUGCUGCAUGAGUCUUAUUCUACCAAAGUGUUUGAACAGACACCUAUCUUCACGUCAUGUUUUUCACACCAACCUGGAUUGCGUUUGUAGUUCAGUCUCUCUUAGUGCUGAAGUUAUAUUAACUGCGAACAACAAACACACACGGGCGUGAGGGUCACAUUAACAUGACAAAACAGCAACUUUGUGGUCAGUCUCGCCCCUUGCGGUGGUUGUGACAACUCUUUCCGGAUGAUUUAAACUCACCUUAUUACUCGAGAAAGUUCGUGUAGUGGAAGGUUCCUGGGUUCCGAGGCGUUUGAUUCAUUGAUCUGAAAAAAAGCUGCAAAACAGCGCUAUCGCGUGUUAAGUCGGUCUGGCAAUUUGAAACGGCGUUGAGAAGCUUAAAGAUUAAACGUUGCUGGUGCAAAUAAGAAGGAAACUUCUGCUCCUGUUGACAUCCGGGAUUUUGACUUGUUUCCAUUAUCAGAUUAUAACAAGAUGGAGCUAGGAACACGACGAAAAACCAUGGAGAGUUGGAAACUUCUCUGCCUUUUACUUGUUUUGGUGCAACGAAGCGAAGGGAUAUCCAUAUGUCCUUCUCGCGAGAUCCGAGCCACAGAAGGGGAAGUGACGUCACCUAACUACCCAAGGGGAUACCCUUCGGAUUCUGAUUGCACGCUGGCCAUAGAUGGAGGACUCAAUGUCAGAUUCAAAAUCAAAUUUGCAUUUUUCGAAGUUGAAGAAGAUGAAGAUAACCCAGACUUGUGUGAGUUUGAUGUUUUGAAGAUUGUCGAUGGCUCAAGAACGUUUUCAUACUGUGGAAGAGGAACUCCACCCGACUACACCUCUUCAGGGAGCAAGAUUUCCAUUGCGUUUAAAUCAGACAGCAGCCUUGAGUUAAACGGUUUCAACAUUUCAUUUAGCACCUUCAAUGUUGAACCUUCAGGGAAACCGCCCGGCACUAGCAUCUGUCCUACGAGAGAAAAGAAGGUUAGACCUGACGCACCAGAGACAAUGAAGGGAGCCUUGUUCUCGCCAAAGUCUCCAAACUUUUAUCCCAACGAUGUAAGGUGCGCAGUCACUUUGGACGUGCCUGACAACUACAAGACUGUGGUCUGGUUCGAGAAGUUCUCUUUGCAAUACUCCGCAGAGUGCGCGUUUGACAAGUUGUUGCUGAGUGACGAGCUUGACAGCAGAACACAGUGUGGAGGAAGUGCCAGCCAACUUCCACCUCCAAUGGAAUUUAAAGGAAAGAAAGUGCAGAUUGAUUUUAGUUCAGAUGAUGAUAUUCCUGCUGCAGGAUUCCAGCUGAAGUAUAAUAUAACUCGCCUUGAACAAGGUCGAUGUGUCUGCACCAGUGGCUUGAGCUACGUCACUAUAGAUAACUACAAAACUAGAAACGACCAGAGACAGGAUGACAUCCGCUUUGAAUUCAAAACUACCCAGUCCAGUGGAAUGUUUAUGUACGCUAAAGGACUCUACAGGGAUUACAUUUACGUGGGUUACAAUGACAGAAGAGUUUUUAUGUACCACAUCGAUCUAGGCACAGGAGAGUCAAAGAUGCAAACAACAAACCUGAGAUUGAAUGACAAUAAUUGGCACAAAGUGCACUUGAAACGCGAUAACCGAGCUCUGAACGUCACAAUCGACGAUGGCCUUGGUUUUGCGGUUGGGCAAACUCCAGGAAGCUUCAACCGUCUGGAUAUACCGACCUCAAAGGCUUAUUUCUUGGGAGCACCAACUAGCGAGGACCUCCUGCCCAACUUCAUGGGCUGCAUCCGGGAUCUCGUGGUUGAUGGACAUGAGCCAAUUACAAACGCCUGGGCAAGAAAGCCAGAUUACUUCAUGCUACGUCGGAACUCUAUGAGACUAUGCAGUGCAUCUGAUAACAAAUAAGAUUGAUUAUCAUGGCUUGAAAACCUAACGAGAACAUUUUAACUUUAGCAUAGUAACUCGGUUAAGAAAUUUCAGAGGUCCAUGCAAAAGUGACCACUAAUCGAUUUUCAUUGAUUUCUUUUUUCAACACCCAAGUGGCUGGCAUCUUAACUUCAAUAAUACAGUUUUAUCAUUCUGAUAUACACUCCGCAUCAUAUAAGGUAUAUAUGCUCGGCUCGAUUUCUACACUGUUUUCGGCUCCGUGUGGAGACCUGCGUCAACCUUAAAAACCUCGCGUCUCACCGCCUAACCAUCAGGCCUUGUGGUCUUAGUAACCCAUGCCCCGGAACGAGGGACCAUAAUAAACAGCGGCUAAUAAGAACAUGGAUAGAUCAUGUUAAAGCAUUCGUGCCGGGAGACUUCUCGGGCAAAAGUAAACACGUGAAGUCCUCCAAUAUUCAAUUCUGUAUAUUUUAAUCAUCCCAGCUUUAGAAAGCAAAGGUCGCGAAGCAAUGUAACAAGGCAGCCAUAGCUUUAUAGAAAAGGUUAUUAUUAUAUCGAUGCUUUAAAUCCUGUAAUGCUUAAGUCCAAAUGUAAUGUAAAUAUUCUGUCUUUUUGGUAA